AUGUUCCUGUGUGAGCUGGCCUUUCUCUGUGACAUCUCGAGCUAUCUCGAUGCGCUGAACCUGCAGCUUCAGGGGCGGGGGCGCAUCAUCACAGACAUGUACGCUGCAGUGAGGGCCUUCAAAACUAAACUGUGCCUGUGGGAGAAUCAGAUGCUGCAAGGAAACCCUUGCCAUUUCCCCUGCUGCCAAUCCAUAAAAGCGCAGAUCUCUACCGCCGUGUUCCCAUGCGCACAGUUUGCUGAAAAACUCAGUGUUCUCAAACUUGCCCAGAAAUGCAAGUUUGAACUGCUUAGUAAUCCCUUCGCAGUUGAUGUGGAAAAUGCACCAACCAACAUCCAAAUGGAGCUGAUUGAACUCCAGUGCAACGACACGCUGAAGUCAAAGUAUGAUGCUGUGGGCGCCGCACAGUUUCCACGGUUCAUCCCUGACACAAUGCCUCAGCUCCGCACCCAAGCUGCUCAGAUGCCCUCCAUGUUCAGCAGCACUUAUCUAUGCGAGCAACUUUUCUCCUCGAUGAAGAUGACCAAAACAACUCACAGGAGACGUCUGACUGAUGAACAUCUUCGCUCGAUACUGAGGAUUUCUUCAGCUCAGAGCUUGAGCCAAGACAUUGAUGAACUAGCAUCCAAGAAGAGAUGGCAGCCACCUCCAACGGCGUUUUAUAGAAUCUGGCAGUAUGCCCAACAGGCCUCACAACCGCAGACCACAUGUAACCACGCCAGCCCAGGACCUCCACAUCCGGCUUCUUCACCUUUGGGAUCGUCUGUGACCAGCCAGCCGGACAGCUGAUGAAACUGAGGAGUAUUUCUGUCAGUAAUAAAAGCCCUUUUGUGGGGAAAAACGUAUUCUGAUUGGCUGGGCCUGGUUACCAAGUGGGUGGGCCUAGGCCCUUCCAG